AUGGUGACCAUUGACCACAUGGUGACCACUGACCACAUGAUGACCACUGACCACGUGCUGACCAUUGACCACAUGAUGACCAUUGACCACGUGCUGACCACUGACCACAUGAUGACCACUGACCACAUGGACAACAGCCGUCGCGUGGACAACGUGCUGAAGCUGUGGGUGAUCGAGGCGCGCGACCUGCCGCCCAAGAAGCGCUACUACUGCGAGCUGUGCCUGGACGACAUGCUGUACGCGCGCACCACCAGCAAGGCCCGCACCGACAACGUCUUCUGGGGCGAGCACUUCGAGUUCAACAACCUGCCGGCCGUGCGCACCAUCCGCCUGCACCUCUACAAGGACACCGACAAGAAGAGGAAGAAGGACAAGAGCAACUACGUGGGCAUGGUGAGCAUCCCCAUCGCCAGCGUCACCGGGCGCCACUUCGCCGAGCAGUGGUACCCCCUGAGCCAGCCCAGCGGCAGCAAGAGCAAGGCCGGGUGCCCGGCGCUGCGGGUCAAGAGCCGCUUCCAGACCAUGAGCAUCCUGCCCAUGGAGCUCUACAAGGAGUUCGCCGAGUACGUCACCAACAAUUACCGCAUGCUCUGCGCCGUGCUGGAGCCCGUGCUCAGCGUCAAGAGCAAGGAGGAGGUGGCCUGUGCGCUGGUGCACAUCCUGCAGAGCACCGGCAAGGCCAAGGUGGGGAUGGGAGGCGAGUUCAUCCGUGCGCUCUACGAGUCGGAGGAGAACUGCGAGGUGGACCCCAUGAAGUGCUCGGCCUCCACGCUGGCCGACCACCAGGCCAACCUGCGCAUGUGCUGCGAGCUGGCGCUCUGCAAGGUGGUCAACUCCCACUGCGUGUUCCCGCGGGAGCUGAAGGAGGUGUUCGCCUCGUGGCGGCUGCGCUGCGCCGAGCGCGGGCGCGAGGACAUCGCCGACCGCCUGAUCAGCGCCUCGCUCUUCCUGCGCUUCCUGUGCCCCGCCGUGAUGUCCCCCAGCCUCUUCGGCCUCAUGCAGGAGUACCCCGACGAGCAGACGGCGCGGACGCUGACGCUCAUCGCCAAGGUCAUCCAGAACUUGGCCAACUUCACCAAGUUCGGGAGCAAGGAGGAGUACAUGGCGUUCAUGAACGAGUUCCUGGAGCUGGAGUGGGCCAGCAUGCAGCAGUUCCUGUACGAGAUCUCCAACCUGGACACGCUGACCAACAGCACCAGCUUCGAGGGCUACAUCGACCUGGGCCGCGAGCUGUCCACGCUGCACGCGCUGCUCUGGGAGGUCAUGAGCCAGCUCAGCAAGGAGGCGCUGCUGAAGCUGGGCCCGCUGCCGCGGCUGCUGACCGACAUCAGCGUGGCUCUGCGGAACCCUCACCUGCAGCGGCAGCCGAGCCAGGGCGAGCGCCUGCCCCCCAAGGGGCUGGUCCUGCGCGGGCCCUCGGCCGACCUGCAGCCCUACCUCGUGCGCGACCUCAACAGCUCCAUGGACGUUCCCCGCCUGCCAUCCCCGCCGCAGGAGAAGGGCCCUCCCGAGGUGCUGGUCCUGAGCCGCCCCCCGCUCGCCCGCUCCUCGCCCGCCUACUGCACCAGCAGCUCGGACCUCACCGAGCCCGAGGGCGGCCGCGGCGGAGCUCUGGGCGUGGGCAAGAGCGUGUCCAUGCUGGACCUGCAGGACGGACGCGUGGACAGCAUCCCCAGCCUGCCGGCCGAGCUGCUGGCCGGGGGUCCGGCCCCGGGGGGCGCGGGCCAGGGGGGGCUGCGGCCCGGUCGCCUCUCGCAGGGCAGCGCCUCCAGCCUGGCCCCGCCGCGUUUGGGGGUGCCCGAAGCGGGGGGGCCGCAGCUGCGGGUGCCGCUCUCCUUCCAGAACCCGCUGUUCCACCUGGCCGCCGACGGGCCCCUGCGCGGCCCCGACGGGAGCGGAGGGGGCGGCGGGAGGGGAGAGGGGGGCGGCGGAGACGGGGGGCACUUCGGGGGGGUCGCCCCGCCGCCGCUGCACGGUUACAGCAAGAGCGAGGAGCUGGCGACCCCCCCCCAAAAACACAUCACGCACAGCCACAGCUACAGCGACGAGUUCGGGCGGCCCGGGGGCGACUUCGGGCGCAGGCAGCUGUCGCUCCAGGACACGCUGGCCCCCCCCCAAAUCACCAUCGGGGCCCCCCCGCCGCCCACCCCCAGGGGGUCGCGGGCGGGAAAAGGGGGCGGGGGGCCCUCGGCGCUGGGGGUGCCCCAAAAGCCGCGCCCCGCCAGCGGGAACCUGCUGGCGUCCCCCGAACCCGCGUACGGACCCCCCCGGUCCCGCCAGCCCUCCCUGGCCAAGGAGGCCUCGGUGGCCGGGAUGAAGCCGCCCGUCACCAAGCAG